AUCCGAGUUGCCUAAUGAACAACACGAGAAGACAGAGAGUCAUCACAUCACAUGGAUGGUUGUGGAUAAAACAAAAACACCACCAUCCUCUCAAUCUUCAUCCUCGCUGUUUGCUAUCAGAGAAUCGUUUUGUUCAGUUCAAUGGAAGCUAGAAGGCUCGCGAUCCUCUGUUCCCAUCUCAACCCAUCUUCUCCGUACCCGACACGUGGCUCCAUUCUCGGGGCUUCCGAUUGUACCUCAGGUUCAUCAGAAGACGAGAAGGUUGAAUCAUCCAAUCUCCAAAACGACUGCGUUUUCUGCAAGAUUGUCCGUGGCGAGUCUCCAUGUAUAAAGUUGUACGAGGAUGACAUGUGCUUGUGCAUUUUGGAUACGAGCCCACUUAUUCAUGGAAGCUAUCAACUUUUUAAUCUGGGCAUUUUCAGGCACUCUCUUAUCAUUCCAAAGUUACAUUAUCCAACCUUUGAGCAAACUCCUCCCUCAGUAGUUGCUGCCAUGUGUUCCAAAGUGCCUCUCAUCAGUAAUGCCAUUGUUAAAGCUACAGAUAGUGAUUCAUUUAACUUGCUGGUUAACAACGGAGCAGCAGCUGGGCAAGUGAUAUUUCACACGCACAUUCACAUAAUCCCACGUAAGAAACGCGACUGUUUAUGGGCUUCUGAGAGCUUGCGGAGACAGCCACUGCAACUGGACAAGGAAGCAUCUCAACUGGCGUCGCGUGUUCGAGAACAGUUGUGCAGAGUUCCUGAAGAACAGUUCGUUCAGCCCUCAUCAUAAGUCCCUUUUCAAGAGACCCAUUGUUGUAAACACUGUGCUAAUCCAGGACUAUAUUCUGUAUAGUUCAUAUUCAGAGUUAAAGCCCAUCUAAACAUAAGAGAAGAACCAUCCAAAAGUAACCUCUGACACUA